UCUCGCGUGCCAGUCUCGCUCUUUUAUCGUGAGGCGAGGCCUCCCCGUUGCCCCGCCAGCUCGCUUCUCAUUCUACAAUCUACCAAUCUACCCCUACACCCUCCCGUCGUCAUCACAGCCUGACGACACACAGCGCCGUUAGACUCUCCGAACCUGUACCUCCCGCUCUCCACAUCUACAUGCUACCACUAUCAACUACACCUUCCUCCAUCCUACCCUAACUCCCGCCCCAUCUGCACAGCCAGACAAAGUACCUCUAAACCCCACCAGCCAUGCCAGCCACGACCCGACGAACCCGUGGCGCCCCGCCCGCCAAAGGCGCCCAAUCCACCCUCUCCUUCAACGGUGCCGCCACGCGAGUGACCAAGCACACCGGGCCCGCGGGCAAGGACCUCAAGAAAGCCGAGCCAGCGAAGCCAGCGAAGGUUGAUGUCAUAGAUCUAGACCGCGCCGACGACGCUGUGGUGGAGGCAGAGGUGCAGACGCCACCGCAGGUCCAGCUCCCUAAGCCGGAGAGUGCGUUGACGCCUGAGGAGGAGAAGGCGGAGAAGGUGCCGCAUAGCCAGGUACUUAGGUACUGGAAGGCGAAGGAGGCGGAGCGGUUGGCUCCAAGAGUUCACCAGGAGGGUUUGAGCACCGAAGAGAAGAUCCUGCGGUACUUCGACAUGUCCUCGCAAUACGGGCCCUGCGUAGGGAUCCCACGCCGCAAGCGCUGGUUGCGCGCGCACAGGCUCGGUCUGGCGCCGCCCAUUGAGACGCUCGCUGUGCUGGUGAAGGAGGAUAAGAAGGGCAAAGGGGGGGUGGAGAAGGCGCAGCUGGAGUCGCUGCUGGAGACGAUUGGUGGGGACCUUUGA